AUGGCGUCUUAUUCAGCCAAUGCAAACGCCCGAGCUCUUGCCAGCGCCAACAGUCUGAAGCAACGCCUCUUGCAAGAUAUUGCAGAGCUUCAGGCCAAACCUUACCCUAACAUCGCAUUACACGUCCAGGAAGAUGAUCUUGAACAUGCAUGCUUGAUCCUGACGGUCGAGGAGUACGGAAACAUGCACUUGACCAUCGACUUCCCAACAAGCUUCCCACUCGCACCGCCGCGUAUCCGCAUGGAUUCUGAUGUUCAUCAUCCAAACAUCUUCGGAAGCUACAUUUGUGCUUCGAUCCUCAAUACUGAAGAAGGUUACACCCCUGCCUACACCCUCAAAGGCAUCGCGAUUCAGCUGCUCAGCUUCUUCAGUAGCGAUAAGAUCGAGCAAAGUGGUGGCGGAUACUCUGUUGAUAUCAAAAAGUAUCGUAGCACGCAAGGUUACAUCCGUUCAAGUCAUAUGUGCAACAAAUGCAGGUUUGGUCUGUCGGAUAAGGGAGCUGGUAGAGCACUGUCCAUCGGGUCGGCUUCUUCCUCCACCACUUCCGGUCCUUCGACACCGCCACCUCCCGUCGCGGCCUUCAUUGGUGAGGAUGUUGAGAUGCUUGAUAUACACUGGCCAAGCCCUCAGAAGAGCGCUUCGAUUGGACGACGUCGCCGAUCGAAGGACAAGAAAACUCCUGAAAAGGCUCCUACGUCGGCUGCACAGACUGAGCUUGUAGCCACCAAAGGUUUCAAAGGCAUUCAACACAUGAAGCUACCAGACGAAAUUCUACUUCUGUUUUGUGACAACUUAGAGUACGAGGAUCUGAUGAUUUUCGCCGAGGCUUGGGAUGAGAUUGGCACAAUCAUGACCAAGUACGACAUCAUCAGAACCCGGGAAUUGCAAUGCUUCUGUUUCAAGUCCAACUACAUGACAAGUAGACUCGGUGUUGGAGUCAGCAUCGAGAAGCGAGGUAGAAUUGGCUCUUUCGAGUCCGAGUUUGACCUCUUGUCAAUGGAAGGAUUCACGGACCAUCGGAUUCGCCGCUCCGUACAGGGUGUCAAAUUCCAGCACUGGUUGGGACUGCCGAUCUCAAACGGCCACUGGCGAAAGGUGAAAGACGGCGUUGCUACUGCACUAUCAACCUUGGGAAUGGAAGCAGGUCUAGUAUCUGGUGACGUCAGCCAGGUCAUUUACGCCUUCAUGAAUGACAUUGUCGUCAAGCUCAAUAAGCAGACUGAACAAGCUACCAUCCGAGCUCCGUACUAUCCAUACGAAGAGACGCCGAAGAGUACUCUUACUCACGCCUCUGAGAAGGCCAUCGAGUCGUACUUCCACCUCUUCCACCUCUUGCUGUGUCUUGCAACCGAAAAUCCAUCCAUCGUCCGAGCGGCCAACGCCAAACUCAACGCAUUCGCCAGAGGUGAAAACUCGAAGACGGACUGUCCUAAUCUCGGGCAUCUGCUGGUUGCCGCCCUAAUUAGCGAUGUGGAGAUGACAGAGAAGAUGAUCAAGUCCAUCGUGCGCGAGACAAUGACUAGAAACGUUGUCUGGAUGCUCGAUACAAAAGGCACUGGCAUGGCCGAAUUGUCAUACCUUGAACCCUCUCUCAUCUCCGAUUACCGUCUCCAGAAGAGUUUCGAAGCCAGCAAGACCUCUUACCGUCUCCUGAUGUUCCUGAAUCUCUUCCGCAGAGUCGCCGUCGGCAAUCCUCGCAAGCCACUUGCUGUUCUCCGAGAUGAAGCUUUCGAGCGACAUGGUGCACCACCUCUGGGAUCAGCCAAGGGCCUUGCAGAUUCCAUCAAGCGCAUCCAUCAGGUUUCAUCUUUCCCCCAUUUCCUCACUCAUAUGGGCAUUGAGAAGGUAUCGAAAGAAUGGUUUAACACAUUCCUCAAGGACUGUAUCAAAGAUAGUAUCAGCAAGGGCUAUUCUUGCAUGCCAAUCAGUCAAGGUCAGGCAUUGACCCUUCGUCAGCUGAGGGAGCCGGAUGUUGAGGUUACUGCUGGCGUGGUCCCUCAACAGGUCAAUAUGUUCGCUCAUUCGUUCUUCCCAGGCCAUGGUAAUAGUGGCUUCGGAGGAAGUAGAGGAAGGGGUGGUCGUGAUGGAUAUCGUGGACGUAGUGGUAAUGGUGGAAACAAUGGACACGAUGGUUAUGGUGGCAGAGGUGGACGAGGUGGCCUGGGAACAUAUCGUGGGCGAGGCAGAUGA